AUGUUAUCAAAAAAAAAUGAUAAAACAAAUAAAGGAUCAAUUUUUUCUGGAAAAGAAAAACGAAAUAUAAUAAUUUAUAUAAUUGGUAUUGUUAUUUAUAAAUUUGGUUUAGAAGCAUUUAAUGGAUCUAUAAUGGCGCUUGCUACAAAUCGUUAUGAUCAAGAUGCAUUAAAAAAUCGAAUAGCUCCACAUACAUUUGAACGAGUUGGAUUACUUUUUGGUUUAAAUCAAGCAUCACAAUGUAUUGGUUCUUCUCUUAUUGCUCCUCUUAUUAAACAUUAUCCUUCUCGAACAAUAUUAUCAAUAGGAAUUUUUUUUUUUGGAUUAUUUACUGCUAUUUUAAUUAUUCUUGAUGCUGCUACUGGUGGAUAUAUAAAACCAAAAAAUUUUAAUUUAACUAAUAAAAAUGAUUUUAGUUAUUAUGGUCAAUAUAAAACAGAUUGGAUAAUACUUAUUUUUUCUAUAACUGGUAUUGCUUAUGGUUUAGUUGAAUCAAUUCAUCGAGUUAUUCCAAGAGAUUUAGUUGGUUAUAAUAUUCAAAAAUUACAAAGAUUUGAUGCAUUAGUUCAUAUUUUUUAUGCUACAUCUGGUGCUUUUGGAGCUUUUAUUACUGGUCUUAUUUUAAUUCCAAAUCUUGGAAAUAAUCAAUCUUUUAUAAUUACACCUAUUUUAUUUACUGCAUCAGGAAUGAUAUGGUUAUUUAUGAGUUCAUUUAAAACAAAAAAAAAAAGCAAAGAAAAAGAUAAAGAAAUCUCAAAUAGUAAAAAAGUUAAAUCAAAUUAUUUGAAAAUAAUUAUUAAAAAUUUAAUAGGUUUUGUAAAAUCUAUUUAUAUUGGUGGAAAAAUAAUAUUUACAAAUCGAAAAUAUAUUUGGUUAUUUAGUUGUUAUUCAUUAACACUUUAUGCACAUAGAUAUCUUGAAGAUGGUAUUGCUCCACAAGUUGCUAGACGAUAUUUAGGCAAUUCUGAUUGGUCAGAAAUUAUUAUUGGUGGAUCAAAUUUUGGUGAAUUACUUGGUGCUUUUUUUGUUUUAUUUUUAUCUAAUUCAAUUCAAAAUCCAUUACCUUGGUUAAGAUUAAGUUCAUUAACAUUAAUUAUUAUUUGGUAUAUACCAUAUUUUUAUCCUCCUAUAAAUAAUAUAAAAUAUCCAUGGAUUAUUGCUUUAACAUUUAUUCCAAUAUCAUUUGGAUGGUCUGCUUCUGAUGUAACACUUAUUGCUUAUAUACAAUCAUCUAUGACAUCUCUUGAAUCAACAUAUCAAGAUAUAUCAGUUUUAGGAGCUGUUAUGGCUUUUUUAUAUUCAUCUUAUAUUAUUAUUUAUGCUAUUGCAAAUCCAUUUCUUGGAAAAUAUAUUGAUAAUAUUUAUAAAUCUCAUGGAACAAUAAGACCAGCAUUGAUUUAUACUGUUGGUGUUCAAUUUACUGUAAUUAUGAUUAUUGUUUUACUAUCGACUUUUAUUCCACCAGGUGCUUUUUCAUUCAAUCCUAAAAUUGAUUAUCAACAAGAAGAUUCAUCUGAAGAAGCUGAUGAUUCACAUACAUUUAUCGAUAAUAAUCAUCAAUCAAUUGAAUCUAUCAAACGUUGA